AUGUUCUCUCUCUCUCUCUCUCUCUCUCUCUCUCUCUCUCUCUCUCUCUCUCUCUCUCUCUCUAUUUAUUUUUAUGCUUCCUUUUUUAAAUUCUUUCUUUUUUCAAUUUCCUUAGUUCAAAAUUUUAAUUUCUUUCUUUUCUUUUUAUUUUCUUUCUUUUAUUUUAAUUUUCUUUCUUUUAGUUUCUAUUCCUUUUAUUUUUCUUCACUACCUUUUCUUAAUCCUUUUUCUUUCUUCUUCUCACAUGUUUAUGUUUUAUUUUCCGCCGUCUCUCGUUUUUCUUUUCUUAUCCACUUUUAUUUUCUUUUUAAUUUCUUUCUUUCUUAUUUUUUUAAUUUGUGUUUCUUUCACUAUUCUUCACUAUCUUUUCUUGUACAUUUCUUUUAUAUUUUUUCUUUUCUUUUUUUAUCGUUAUUUCUUUAUUCGUUCACUCUUUGUCUUUCUUGGUAUUUUUUAUGCCUUCCUCUCGUAUUCGUUCUUUCUUUUUCAUUGAUCUUUCUUUUUUUCUUUCUUCAUGUCUUUAUUUCUUUCUUUAUUUCUUUAUCGUUUUUCUUUCUUUUCAAUGUUUCUUUGUCUCUAAAGUUGUUAUUUGAAUCAUUCAUUUAUUCAUUCUCUUUUCCUUCAUCCUCUUUACUUUUUCAUAUCUUUUCCUUCUCAUAUGUUUCUUUUAUCAUUCUAUCGAGCUUCAUUAUUCAUUUUGGAGUCCAUUUCUUUCUUUCUUUCUUUCUUCAUGUUUUUAUUCCUUUCUUUCUUUCUUCAUGUUUUUAUUCCUUUCUUUCUUUCUUCAUGUUUUAUUUCUUUCUUUAUUCUUUCUUUUCUUUUUUUUUUUUUUUUUUGCUUACUUUUCUUAUUUUUGACUUACAUUCCUUUCAUCAUUCUUUGCUGAUUUAUUCAUUGGGUUUCUUUAUUCAACCAUUUUCUUUUUUAUCCAUUUUCCGUUUUCCUUUCUCUUUUUUUUGUGUCUUUUUAAGGGAGGCAGAAUGUUUCUACAUCUUCGUUCUUUACCUUCUUUCCUUCUCUUCCGUUCUUCCUUCUUUACUUUCCUUCUUUCUCUUCCAUCCUUCCUUCUUUAACUUCUUCCUCUUUGAUCUUUCCUUCUUUACCUUCUUUCAUUUCCAUCCUUCUUUCUUUACCUUCCUUCCUACUCUUCCAUCCUUCCUUUUUACCUUCUUUCUUUACCUUUCUUCCUUCUCUUCCAACCUUUCUUUUUACCUUCUUUCUUUCUCUUCUAUAUUUCCUUCUUUACCUUCCUUCCUACUCUUCCAUCCUUCCUUCUUUACCUUCCUUCCUUCUCUUUGUUUCUUCCUUCUUUACAUUCCUUCUCUUCGAUCCUUGCUUCUUUACUUUCCUUCCUUCUUUAUCUUCCUUCCUUUCUUAUCCCCCUUUCUAUCCUUGACUGUCACAUGCCCGAUGCGACGAAUGACGCAUGAGCGUUUCAUGAUAGCAUCUGUCACAACUGCUCAUUUGUACUUUUCAUUGUCGCGUAUGCUUGUCUCUUUUCUCCCCCCACCUCUCUUUCUCUUCCCUUUUCUUUGCGGUAAUUUUUUUUAUAUCCAUUGGCUCCUCCCUUUUCCACGCGCGCACACACAAACACAGUCAGAGACUCGUACAUAA